UGCACUGAACGUCAGUAUCAGCGAGAGACCGAACAUGGAUCCCACUAUUUCGGUGUCUAAGGGCGUGUUUGUCUUCAAAAAUGGAGCUACGCGAGCCGGGAAAAAGGCCAAGACCACCAAGCGCAAGAGGCCCGAUUCGUGCACCUCGAAGAGCCUGCUGGGCGAGGAGGUUGGCAGGCAACCAUUCUACGAAGAAUACAGCCAGGCAUGGAGCCAGGUGAGCGGCCACAUUGCCGACCUGCAACAGAGCACCUAUGCCCGCACUCUGGAACAGUUGGUGGCGUUCGUUGUGGGCCAGGGCGCGCGGACGGGGACAGCCAAGGACGAAGUGUUACCUACAGCGGCCCUACUAACGGGUAUCAAUCAGCCAGAUCACCUCAGCCAGUUUGAGGCGUUCACACAGCGCCUGCAUGCGCAGCGUGCUGCCCGAGUUUGCGUGCUGCAGUCUCGAGAUUGCGCAACCCUGAAGGCGGCCGUGGAGACUAUGGUCUUUGGUCUUAUCGAAGACGACUUGGCCGUGGAGCCUGGUGUGGAAGAGGAAGAGGAGGAGGACGUGGCAGAGAGGGACCGUAAGCGGUUGCGCCGUUCACAGUGCACGCUGAAGCAGCUGAGGUCGUGGUACGCCAACAAUAUGCUUCCGGAGCGCAGUUCUUGCCAGUUGGUCGUUAUCCUGCCCGACUUUGAGUGCUUCAGCGCCAGUGUGUUGCAGGACUUUAUACUCAUUCUGAGUGCCCAUUGCUGUGCGCUGCCAUUCGUCCUAGUUCUGGGGGUGGCAACGGCCAUGUCAGCGGUGCACGGAACUUUGCCCUAUCACGUGAGCAGCAAGAUCCGGCUACAGGUCUUCCAGACACAGGCCGCUCCUGUAGGUCUAAACGAAAUGCUGGACAAAGUACUGCUCUCUCCAAAGUAUUCUUUUCACCUCUCGGGAAAAGCCUUCAAGUUCCUGACUCACAUCUUUUUGUACUACGAUUUCUCCAUAAACGGCUUCAUCCAGGGAUUUAAGUUUUGCCUAAUGGAACACUUCUUUGGAGGCAACGCCUUUGCGCUCUGCACGGACUAUAGCCGGGCUUUGGGACGCAUUAAGCAUUUAAGCCACGACGACAUAGAGUCCAUCCGACGACUCCCCUCUUUUCGGCCGUAUGUCGAGCAAAUAAAUGACUGCAAACGCAUCAUAGCUGUGCUCACCGACGACGACUACCUAAAGAAGAAGCUGCCGCAGCUACUGCGCGACUGCAUGCUACAUUUUCUUCUCUUCCGCAGCUCCCUGGAGUUCCUCACGGAGCUGGUGGGAGAUUUGCCUCGGUAUCCCCUAGGCAAGCUGCGUCGAGAGCUGUACGUUAACUGCAUGAACAAACCGAUCGAAGCGACACCCGAGUACAAAGAGUGCUGGCAGAUGCUGGGAUUUCUGUCCAAAGACGAAUUUGUGGGUAAGGUAACUCGGUGCCUGGACAGAACCGAGCAGUUCCUGACUGAGGAAAUUACGCCCCUGGAACUUGGUAGUGUCUGCGUCAAUGUGUUGCAACCCCAGCUCCUAGCGAUCCGUCAGGCGCUUGACGGUGUGAUCAAGGCCACCAUGUCACAUGCAACGGCUACAACAAUGCAGACCACUGGCCCCAAUCUGACCCAGGUGACAUCGCGUCACGAGCUCCAAGCGCAGCUCCUGCAACGUAGCAAAGAGGACAAGGAUCGACUGCAGCCUGCCGCCACUGAGUUCGCCCAGGCCUUGCAGAAGACGCUCCAGCUUAUUGAGACUCACUUGGUUCAGGGUCAUUUGAGGGCUCUACAGGACGCUCCGCCCAUCCAUGAACUGUUCGUGUUCAGCGACAUUGGCACUGUGCGCCGAAACAUAAUCGGCGCUCCUCGGGCAGCGCUGCACACGGCCCUCAACAAUCCGCACUUCUACAUGCAGUGCAAGUGCUGUGAGCUGCAGGACCAGUCGCAGCUAGUCAGUACCCUGCCCGAUCUCUCGGUGGUGUACAAACUGCACCUGGAGUGCGGACGUAUGAUCAAUCUAUUCGAUUGGCUUCAGGCUUUUAGGUCUGUAGUAAACGGCAAUGAUCAGGACGACGGCGUCGAGAAUGCGGCCCAGGAGCAAAUAGAUCCACAGAUCCAAGCACGUUUCACGCGCGCCGUAGCCGAGUUACAGUUUCUGGGUUACAUAAAGAUGUCCAAGCGCAAGACAGACCAUGCCACUCGAUUGACCUGGUAACGAAGGCCAUUAGUCGUGUUUCUUUUCUAUUUAUUUUUAGCUCGAAAAAAUUGCAAGUGUCGCAGUAAUAAAUAUAUGUAUAAAAAAUG